AUGCUUGGCCUUCGACUGCUGUUAUCGUCAGCACUCUUGCUGUGCGUUUCCGCGGCCUCGACGGUGUUGGAGAAACAAUACACCGUCUUUGCUCCUUCCAACGAGGCCAUUGCCAAAGAUGAAGUCUUUACGACGUACAUGUCCCGAGAUGGUUGGGUCCAUCAUUUGAAGACCAACAUUCAGCUCAUGAUUGUGCCCAGCCAAGCACUCUCGGACCAGAUGAUCUUUGACAAAUUCACCACGGAGCUGGUAACGCUCAAUGGGACGCUCCAGAUCUCACAGCCCUACGCCCUGGUCAACUUGGUCGAGGUAACGAAUCCCAAUCAGGCCGGAAGCAAUGGCGUAGUGCACACCAUGAAUGGAGUUGUGAAACCAUACUGGAGAGGGUACACACUCCGAGAAGUCGAGAAGCACGAUGAGUUGGUCGAAGGACUCUCUCCUCAGUUGAAGAGAAUCAAGUUUGAUAAGCCUCUGGAAGAAUUUGUACCCUCCGGUGUCAGUUGGGUAGCAUCCAGAAACAGAGGUUACGGAAAUGAUUCCAUUGCGCAAGGAUUCUUCCCCAUUGUACAAGAACUCAAAGAUCCCAACAAUACCGAAUUCCAGAAUCUGACCUACAUGUACAAUCUUAUUGACUUUAAUCUCUACGAGCAAGAUAUCGAGAGAGGAUUUCAGCUCAUGGUCAUGCCUCGAGGAGAUAUUGCUCACAUGUGGAUCACCAAGGAUCAGAGAAAGGGACUCCUCAGGUUCAAUGAUGCCAUCUUGGAUCGUCAGGCAUUUGCGAAUAACGGAAUCACCCAAAUUGUAACAAAACCAUUGGUCCCUCCCGGAUUGUACACCACCAUCAACUUGAAGGAUAUGUACCAGUAUUAUCGAUCAUCCGAAUGGAAUCUGCGAAAUCUUACCCGCUCCAUUGGUACGCAGCAAGGAUCGUUCAACGUGUUUGCACCUCUCCAAUCCGGAUAUGGAGAAUUCAACAUUGAGGUGGGCGUUCGUAUCUCCACACUCGAGUGGAAGCGUCAUUUGUGGGACUUUUUGCUGCACAUGACCGUCGAGCCCGCUUACACCACCGAUGAGCUCUACAAGUUGGUGGAAGCGGCUG